AUGGAACUGCUAGAUGUUAUGAAAAACUUGACUAUACAAAGUGAGGAUGAUUGCGCAUUACUAUUUAAAUCUGUAUCAGCCACUAUUGAUGAUACUGCUACUGAAAUUAUUCUUGCCGAGUAUCGGAAUAAAACCUUGCUUAUUCUAUCACAGUAUGAAAAAAUAGGAAGUUUGUUGUUGGUGGAAAAGGACCAAGUUUAUGGUUCUCUAGGUACCAAUAAUGUUUAUACAACAAAAGUUAUUUUUGGUACCACAGGAGAGAGUCAACAAGUUGCAGGGAGAUAUCUGGCAGAAGGAUUAAAUAUUACUCAACCACUUUGCCUGUUUAUGAAUCUCAAAUCAUAUGAUAUUGAAACAGUAAAAGCUUGUAAAGAUAUAAUAUUGGAUAUUAAACAGAAUCAAGAAUGUCACAAGGAAUCAUAA